UUUGGACUUGCCCACUACCACCUGGCACCGAGUCGGUUUCGCGCAAGGCGGUGAUUCUCGCCGGAAUUGCCGUCUGGACAGCCUUCACCUCUUUAACAAAUCCUCACGCCCAGGUCGCCACCACUUAUGUCUCGACGGAGCUACCACAGCGUGUCUGGUAGCAUAUCUUCCAGAUAUGUUAGCGAUGAUGAUCUCUUCAACUACGUGCUCCGUGUAUCUUACCUGAGCUAUCUCAUGACCCCAAAGCCAACUGAAGUAACGACACAAGUGUCCACGAGCUCCGAUCUGCGAGACAAAGAGCAUUCGAGGCUGUCUGCACUUUCGAAUUUCUCCAUUGGCGACCUAUUCAAAGACAUUCGAGAUGGUUCUAAGAGUGUGAAGUUUCCGGAGAAGCUGUUGAAGGUUUUGGAACAAAAGUUGCAGAAUAUUGCCAUGGGCAAAGACCCCAGCUACUCGGAGCAACUCGUCCGUCGAACCAUGGCCAAAUUCUACGGCCAGUUCCAAAUCGACAGCUUCAAGCGACAGAUGAAGGAGAAUCGGAAGAUAGAGGAGCUUAUCCUAAUGUUUGCAACACAUGCGACGACGGUAUUGAAGAAGGAGCCUUCUCUGGCCGGCGAUGGAUGGAAACUCGAGCUGAACAAUCAGAUCGCCACCUUUGUCAAGAUGCUGCGAGAGUGUUUACGGACCGUCAACCACGUUUCGCCGGAGCUUCUAAGCAGGCUGGAUACGUACGCGUCCAAAUUAGCUCCACAGAGCUCGAACGAUUCAGGAUACGAUUCCUCCUCCACUCGCGACUCCAUCUCCAUUCCGGCAAUCAGCAAUAGCGUCAUGGAUAUGGAACUGGUGCGAGUUGUUGCUGGGCUGUUCCGGAUACCGGAGUCCCAGCUGCAGAGAGAGGUGGAUUCACUCAGGGCAACUUGCACGCCCAAGGCUGCAUUGGUGGAUCUCAAGACGUGUCUGAAGAACAUCAAUGCAGGUGCAUCCUUUCCUGGACGACGUGAAGACUUCAGCACGGAUUCCGCUUGGCAGAACUGGCGUACCGCGGAAACAAGCUACCUCCAACAGAUGGUAGUUGCGAUGGUCCAAUUCAAUCCGGAACUUGCCAAGUCGACGCCAGCAGAAAGAGAGUCUGCCGGAAGACCUGUGUCGUCGUAUUCGGGUUACGACGCACCUGCUCGGACAACAUCCAUCGGCAGUCGACGAUCUCUGUACGCUCUGGAUAGUGAGAUGAUGCAGGACGAUGUGCUCGAUGACGAUGAAAUCACUGUGGGACACAACUUUACGUUCAUACCUCCUAACCCGAAGAAGCACUACAAACGGCUGCUGGAGCAUUGUCUAUUGACAGAUCUGGAAAUUAUGCUCAGUCCCGAGGUCGAUGACAACGACGAGGUUUCGCUUGGGAUUCUUUCGACCCCUCAUCUGGACUUACUGAAUGAAUGUGCUUUGCGUUGGAGAAUCGGGCAUGCUUAUCGGGCAAUAUGUUUUGUGGACAUCGUAAAGCAAUUUUACGAGCGACAGGACAUCCCCUUGGAGUGUAUACCUGAAGCACUGUCUCACAUCAGCAAGGUCUCGAGCGACACCGAGCCAGAGGAGUGGCCGUCGGCUGACUCCGAGUAUCUGGCACAUGUGUACGGCGGACUGUUCAACACCUUUUUGUCGAACCUGUACCAUGCUAUGGAUGCUGUCCCCAACAUCAAAGCCUCUGAGGUCGAGCCAUUUCUGUCUGUGCUCGAACAUAUCCGCGACAGUGGGCUAUUGGAGUUGUUUGGAUUCGAUGUGGACAUCGACGCUCGGCUGAACGACGUGCAGACUCAAAUUCGACAAGUUUCUGGUCGAUGGUAUGAUCUCAAGCUGCAGGAGUUGCAGUCUGCCCCUGGAGUCAACCGCGCUUUGCCGUUACUGCUCAUGACUGACGAGCUCGAAAAAUCCGCCAAGCUGCUUGACAAACGGUUCCCCGAGGCGCUAUUGGGAAAACUUGACCUUGUCUCCCUCUUCGUAGAAGCGACAAUCCCCAGCUUCAUACAGGAAAUCCAGUCAUCCCAAAAGCGUUUGUUCGAAUCUUCGAUGAAUGGGCCAACACCAGAUGUGCCCAUUCAAGACAUUUUCGCAUUGUACCGACGGUCCAAGACUUUGCUUGGCAUGUUCAGCGCUUUCUGCCCUGAUGCGUCCAUCGAAUUUGACAUCAACACGUUUUACGAGCCCUAUGUUCGGCAAUGGCUUCAAACGACAGACAGCAAAACGUCGCAGUGGGUUGAAGCUGCUAUUGCAGCAGACAAGUUCGAAGCUGAAGGCUCCGAAGGCCACAGCUCCUCUAUCGUAGAUCUAUUUGACUCGCUACGCAGUCCUGUCGGGUUUUUGCAUGAUCUCGAAUGGGACGACGAGUAUCAGCUGGCUCGAUUCUUCACAUCUCUAUCAAAGAGCAUGUCCAAAGCUAUCGAGCACUAUUGCCGGACUGUUGAAGGGCUUUUCCUAACCGAGAUGUUCCCGCGCCCUUCAGACUAUCUGCAACCCCAGAAGUCGUCCGCGUGGCUUGAAAAGGCGCGACAGUUGGCGGCGUCGGGUGAUAAGAAAGUCGAGCCUUUCAACUUCCAGCCGCAGACAUGUGUCAAGCUCAACAACGUCGAAGCCGCCCGGCGACUGUUGGAUAAUAUGUACAACGAAACACAGGCUGACAAAAUCUCCGAUAUUCUCAAGCAGAUGCCGCCUGUUCCGAACAAGACUACAGAGGCAGAACGAUUCCUCUUCUCUGUCAAGAUCGUUAUUGCCGAGGGUCUGGUGCCUUUGGACAGCAGUCCAUCUCGUAUGGCUGAUACGUUCGUGACGUUAAGUGACGAGAAUGGUGUCCGUAUGGCAAAAACGAGAACCAUUUAUGACACCUUGAGUCCACGAUGGGAUGAGACUUUCGAUAUCUCAGUCGAGAAACCCUUGUGGCUCAUGGUCAGUGUAAGAGACCGGGCACUGGUCGGUAAACAUGACACUGUCGGCCGAGCUUAUCUCUGCUUGGAUCCCAGACGAUUUGGCGAUUUCCUGACGCAUGACCUGUGGAUGGACUUGGAUUCUCAAGGGCGUGUGUUGGUGAGGAUCAGCAUGGAAGGGGAGAAGGAUGAUAUUCUAUUCUACUUCGGGCGUGCCUUCCGUUCGUUGAAGCGCGCCGAGUCAGACAUGGUCCGCAUCUUCAUCGACAAGAUGGCACCAUUCAUCCAGCAAUGCUUGUCUCGCAGCGUACUCAAAUCUCUUCUGAAAGGCGGCGCAUCAGGAUUGGACUACAACAAAGCGAUCAGCAAUGUCACCGCUUUGUGGGGCUCUGCUAUCGGGACAUCGUCCAACGAAGUGCAGAUUCCGCUGCCGAGCUCCGAGAAACCCCGUAUCCGGCCAGACGAAUUGACUGAUGUUGAGAUCGAGCAAGCCAUCCUGCCUCUCUUCGAUUACUUCGACGCCAAUCUGCAAACUCUCAAUACGUAUCUCAGUGACACAGCGAAGGAGAUGGUCAUGACACGAGUCUGGAAGGAGAUUCUCAACAUCAUCGAGGGUCUCCUGAUCCCACCGCUCUCCGAUAUCUCGAGCGACAUGAAGCCUCUCACGGACAAGGAGGUUGAUGUUGUCUUCAAGUGGUUGAAAUUUUUACGAGACUACUUCUAUGCGAAUGGCGAAGGGCCGGUCCCUCUCGAGGCGAUCCAGAAUCAGAAGUAUCGCGAUGUCGUCUCGAUUCGUUUGUAUUAUGACUGGCACACGGAUCUUCUCAUGGAGGAAUGCGUGAGGAUGAUGCAACAGAGCCUCAAAUCAACACCAACAAUGAAGAAACGAGUCAAGAGCGUGUAUCAGCAGCGGAAUCUCGGGACUAUCAAGGAGCGCAAGAAGGAGAAACGGGAGGAAAAGGAAGUCUCCAGCGGAGAAACAGUCAUGCGUAUCCUUCGAAUGAGACCUGGGACUUCCGAUUUCAUCGCACAACAGCUGCAGAUCAUGCAGGCCAUGCAGGCCGAGCAGGACCAAAGGGCGCGUGAAUUAGAACAGCGGAAGCUCAAGCGGCCAGCCAAGCAGCCGGUUCCUCCGGUUCCAGAAAUCCCCCCAGUUCCCUGAUCUAUCCAUCACAUACCCACUUUCGCAUAUCGUAUAACGUCGAUGCUUUCUAUUCCCACACAU